GUUGCAUGAACUGAGGAGCUAUUUCUUGGAACCUUAUACCGAAUAGGAUCAAGUGCUGUUUUACUUGACACCAUCAUGGCGAGUCGUCAUACAACCUUCAGGCUUAACACAGGAGAAGAUAUUCCAGCCAUUGGCUUCGGAACGUGGCAGGAUGAAAACGCACAGGAGGAUGCCGUUCUCACUGCUCUCAGUGCUGGGUACCGGCACAUCGACACCGCUGCGGUAUAUGGGACAGAGAAAGCUAUCGGGAGAGCUCUUGCACGAAGCCGACUAUCUCGGGAUGAACUCUUUAUUACCAGCAAACUGUGGAAUAACAAACACCGUCCGGAAGACGUGGAACAGGCAAUUGACCAGUCGCUCAAGAACCUAGAAAUUGACUACUUGGACUUGUACCUCAUGCAUUGGCCAGCUGCCUUCGCACCUGGGGAUGAUAUGUUUCCAAAAGAUAGCCAAGGGAAUUCUAAAACAGUUGAUAUUGAUUAUGUCGACACAUACAAAGCGAUGGAGAAACUCGUUAAAUCCGGAAAGACUAAAGCUAUCGGAAUUUCAAAUUUCUCAAAAGGGGAAAUGGAAAGGCUGCUUGAGAGCUGCUCCAUAGUGCCGGCCGUAAUGCAGAUGGAGUUGCAUCCAUGGCUACAACAAAACGAUUUCGUUGAAUGGCUCAAAAGCAAAGGCAUCCAUGUCACGCAAUAUUCAUCCCUUGGAAAUCAAAACGAGGUAUAUUCAGGCCGCGAAAGGUAUGGAAGGCUGAUUGAGGAUCCAACUCUUGCCGCGAUUGGGACGAAAUACGGCAAAACAGGGGCUCAGGUAGCACUUGCAUGGGGAAUUAACAAAGGCCACUCUGUUCUCGUUAAGUCGAAGACACCUCAUCGCAUUCAGCAAAACUUCGAGUCGGACUUUGAACUGAAACAAGAGGACAUGAAGGCCAUUGAGAAUAUUGACAAGAAGCUUCGCUUUAAUGACUCAAGCGCCGAUUUUGGGUAUAACUUCUUCGUGGGUUUGGAGGGCAAGGAGAAAUAAGCUCUGGAUGGAAGAUAUCAGGAAUAAGAGUUAUUAUGUAUCAAGAUGUCAGUUAUCCGGUUGCCGUGACUAGAGCAACAAUUCUUCGAGCCUUGGCACCAAUUUGUGUACCAACGAUAUAAAUGAAGCGAGAUUGGAACCAUGACUCGUUUGCAAAUGCAAACGGAUAUUCGAUCCAUCCCGCCACAAGCAAGUAAGGGUGUUAUUUAUGGACUGCUAGGCUUCUCAGGACGCAUCAAGUUUUCCGUCAUUCGGU